CCAUUAUACACCGUACCUAACCUAACUUCUAUAUUAUUUCACAUAUAUAAGCUAAUGUACUAGUACUACAAAUAUCUUUUCUUCUCCUACCUAUAUACUCCUCAUUCUUCCCAUUAUAAUACUUGCACUUUUUUCUUCUCUUUUGUUUUCUUUUGAAAUUUUGGAUUUCUUUCUUCUAUUUUAUAUUCAUUUAUCACAUAUAACAUUCUUAGGAUCUAUUACAUCAUUCUUCAUCAAAAAUAUUAUUGUGUCUUGUCCAUUUCCUAAAGGGUGGAGAAAAUAUGUAUCAAAACCACCAUCAUCACCACUAUCACUCAUCCCAACCUUGCUUGCAUUGCCACCCACAUAGCUACAUUAGAAUGGUUCAACAUCUUAUAGAAAGAUGCUUGCUUCUUCAAAUGAAUCGUGACCAGUGUAUCAAGGCUUUAGCAGAACAUGCAAAAAUCAAGCCUUUAGUCACACUUACAGUUUGGGGUGAGCUUUUGAAAGAAAAUAGAGGCUUUUUUCAAGCAUAUUUUCAUGGUGUCUCUCCAAGACCACUCAUAAAUAGACAUGUCCAAAAUUCAGCAAGAUUCACAAGAAGGCGAUAUGGGAGGUGAUCACGUACAGAUGCGAACUUAGGCUUCUUGUAGCUAGCUAGCUAAAUAGUUUGAUAUUAUUUUAUCACAACAAUAUUUUCAAUUAUCUAUUUUAUGGCUUAAUUGCACUGUACUUAAAAGAUUGGUAUUAGGAAUAUGCAUAUAAUGUAUACUGGAGUUCAUACUUCUUUUGUUCCAUAAUAAGUGAAACACUUCUCUCUUUUAUGUCAGAGAGCCGUGAAAGUUUUUUUAGAGAAAUAUUUCUCUUAUUAUGAAACAGAGGAAGUAUAUAAUUAAUAAUUCCUCUUUUCGCAA